AUAACAUGCUACAUUUCAGACUGCUGGCCACCACCAAAAUACUUCCACACAUACACUAGCUCAAAAAGAAGAAGCAGGCGUAAUCGCAACGGGCUCAAAUUCCGUGUAUAAAUUAAGUAAAAAGUGCAAAAUUUAUAAUAAUUCGGGCGCAGGACACACUGCAAAUGUAAAUACACAACAAAAUGUGAUGUUUGCCAAAAUAAUCGCGUGCUUUCCGGCAAAAUUACAAGUGCAAAACUAACCUAUGCAAGAAAAAAAAAAACAGCAAGCGCGUCACAGAAAAAGUUCACGAAAGCAGCCCGCAGCAGCAGCACUCAGCAGCGGCGCAGCCUGCCCGCCUGCCGCACGCGUACAAAAAAGUAGCAGCAGUACUACUACAAGAAGACAUUGGAAUUUGUGUUGAACCCGCAGCAGUAGCAACAGCAGCAGCAGCACGACGUCGAUGGUGACGUCGAGCGACCAAUAACGGUAGAGAAACCAACAACAAUAAUAGCAACAAACACAAUAAGAAAUGACAUUUAAUUUGCCAAAGUGAAACUGACGGCUGCUGUGCAAAAACAACAAUAACAAAAAGAAGAAGCCACUGUGAUCUCAGCUCCGCAAUUGUUUUGCAAUUGGUCUGUGAGCUUGAAAAUUGUUUAUAAACUAUUUUGUGAGAAUUGCAAGGUAUUCCUUAAAGUUGCGACUGGAAAAUCAAUUUUUGAUAUUGACUAAGGGGGCCAAGCAGCAGCAGUUGUUGUACGUUUGUUCGCUCGUUCCUCUGCCGCCGCCGCUGCCGCCUGCGCCUGCCCAACCCAAAACAAUAUUGAGUGUGAGCGAGCGCGCGAGUGAGCGUGUGACAAAAGCAGAAGCCGCAGCAGAAGCAGCGUCAGCGCCAGCGUCGUCGUACAUUCAGCAGCGGUCGCAACAACAACAAGAACCACAGCUGCCAACAAUCGUCGCAGCCGGAUUUGCAAAUAAAUUGCUGCUGCGCUCAACUAGACGAAGCGAACUCAAGGUCAGGGGCAACCUUGCACGGAGACACACACUUGCACACACUCUGACACACUCGCACACCACACAAUGGCGUACCGCAAGCCCAACGAUCUGGAUGGCUUCAUCGCACUGAUGCCCAAGGCUGAUAUGCGGGUUAAGGUGCAGCUUGCCGAGGAUCUGGUCACAUUCCUAAGCGAUGACACCAAUUCCAUUGUCUGCAUGGACAUGGGCUUCCUAAUAGACGGCUUAAUGCCUUGGCUCACGGGCAGUCAUUUCAAGAUAGCACAGAAAUCUCUGGAGGCCUUCUCGGAACUAAUCAAGCGAUUGGGGUCGGACUUCAAUGCCUAUACGGCGACAGUACUGCCGCAUGUUAUCGAUCGGCUGGGUGACAAUCGUGACACGGUACGCGAGAAGGCGCAAUUGCUGUUGCGUGAUCUGAUGGAGCACAGAGUGCUUACGCCCCAGGGGCUGAUCGAUAAAUUGGCCGCCAGUUGCUUUAAGCACAAGAAUGCCAAGGUGCGUGAAGAGUUUCUGCAGACAAUAGUCACGACACUGCACGAGUAUGGCACGCAACAGCUUAGUGUGCGCAACUAUAUUCCACCAGUGGCCAUCUUGCUCGGAGAUCCGACAGUGGCGGUACGUGAAACGGCCAUACAGACGCUGGUGGAGAUUUACAAGCAUGUGGGCGAUCGUCUGCGUCCUGAUUUGCGAAAAAUGGAGGAUAUGCCAGCCUCAAAGCUAGCGUUGCUCGAACAGAAGUUCGAUCAAGUGAAGGGGGAGGGCUUGCUGCUGCAAUCGGCCAUUAAGUGUGGCAAUGGAAAUGGGAAUGGACAUGAUGAGAGCGACAACAUUGCCGUGCGUGAGCGACCCACAAAAAUUGUGAAGCGUCCACUACACUCGGCCGCGUCCACAUUAAGGGCCAAGCCGAGCAUGAAUGAUGUGUCCGGCGAUGCAGGCGCUGUGACGAUGGAAAUCUUCGAGGCCAGUUUCGAGCUAGUGCCCCAGCUAUCUGUAUUUAAUUCUAAAGACAUGGAUGAUGUAUACAAGCAAAUAUUGCUGGUCAUUCGAGAUAAAAAUGCCGAUUGGGAGAAGCGUGUGGAUGCAUUAAAGAAAGUUCGUGCGCUUUUAAUGCUUAACAUUCAGGCACAUCCGCAAUUUUUGGUUGUGCAGAUAAAGGAACUGUCGCUCGCCUUCGUGGACGUCCUCAAAGAAGAGUUGCGGUCGCAGGUGAUUCGGGAGGCAUGCAUCACCAUUGCCUAUAUGUCGAAAACAUUGCAUAACAAACUGGAUACCUUCUGUUUGUCGAUAUUGGAACAAUUGAUACAGCUGAUACAGAACUCGGCCAAGGUUAUAGCAUCGGCAUCGACGCUGGCGUUGCGCUAUAUUAUCAAAUAUACACAUGCGCCCAAGCUAAUACGCAUCAUUACGGAUACGCUACAACAGUCCAAGUCAAAGGAUAUACGUUCAGCGCUCUGUGAAAUAUUGGUGUUGCUCUUUGAGGAAUGGCAGACGAAAUCGCUGGAAAAGCAUGCGCUCAUUUUACGCGAUGUGCUGAAGAAAUCCAUUGGGGAUGCUGACUGCGAUGCCAGACGGCAUUCUCGUUGCGCCUAUUGGGUCUUCCGUCGGCACUUUCCAGAGCUUGCCGAUCAAAUCUAUGGUACGUUGGACAUUGCGGCGCAGCGAGCGCUGGAACGUGAACGCGAUGGCGGCAGUCAGCUGCAAUUGGAGACCAGACGCACCAUCUCACGCAUUGCCCGUUCGCCAGGCACGCUCCAAAAGCCGGCUGCAGGCAUGCGCAGCGUCUCAGCAGUAGAUACGGCGGCGGCACAACGUGCCAAGGCACGUGCACAAUAUACACUUUAUUCGAGAGCAAAGAAGCCGCUGGGGCCGAGCAAUUCCACCAACACUGCAGUACCGCCCGGCACCGGCUCCUUGCCACGUUCGCGACAAGGUUCGGUUCAGCCAACGCCUUCCGCAAGCAGUAAUGCGCCCACUGCGAUGCCGCGCACACGUGGACGCUCUGGUGUCUCACAGUCACAGCCUGGCUCCAGAUCCACAUCGCCCUCGACCAAACUGAGAGAAACAUAUGGCAUGAGCGGCGUCGGCUAUUAUCGUGGAGCCACCGGCGCCAUACCCAAGAAAGCAUCUGGCAUACCACGCUCCACUGCCAGUUCACGUGAGACGAGUCCCACACGAUUGGGAGCCGGCUCUGCAAGUGGACUGAUGAAGCGCAGUCUAUAUGGCACGACCACUGGCAGCGGCACCGGGACUCGCCGUACACCCGAGCGCAAUAAUCUAGUGCGUCCUUCUGCAGCUGCCCGUAUGUUGGCGCAAAGUCGGGAGGCUGAGCACACACUGGCCGGUGGAGGAGAUCUCAAUGCGUCAUUGGAUGGGCAGCAGCCGGACUACGUAUCGGGUGACUAUAUGCGGACAGGUGGCCUGCGUAUUGGACGCAAACUGCUCGGUCGUGAUGAGUCUGAUGACAUCGAUUCGGAGGCCUCAUCUGUGUGCUCUGAACGGUCUUUUGAUUCCUCCUAUACCCGUGGCAACAACUCUAAUUACUCGCUAUCCGGCUCGCGCACCCGUCUCGACUGGAGCAGUCAGCGAGCGCCUUUUGAUGAUAUAGAGACGAUCAUCCAGUAUUGUGCUUCCACGCAUUGGGCGGAACGCAAGGAUGGGCUCAUCAGUUUGACGCAGUACCUGGCCGGUGGCAAGGAGCUGACGCCACAGCAGUUGCAGUGUGUGCUGGACAUGUUUCGGAAGAUGUUCAUGGAUACCCACACCAAGGUCUAUUCGUUGUUUCUGGACACUGUCACAGAGCUGAUUCUGGUCCAUGCUCCCGACUUGCAUGACUGGCUGUUUAUUUUGUUGACGCGUCUAUUCAAUAAACUGGGCACAGAGCUCCUCAAUUCAAUGCAUGGGAAGAUAUGGAAAACCCUACAGGUGGUCAAUGAAUACUUUCCACCAGAGUUGCAGCUUAAGGAGGUCUUUCGCAUAAUAUCGGAUACGACGCAAACGCCCACACCGAAGACGCGCAUCGCCAUAUUGCGCUUCCUCACCGAUCUGGCCAAGAUGUAUUGCAAGAGCAGCGACUUUCCCAGCGACCAGACCACCGCCUGUGAGCGGACAGUCCUUAAGCUGACGCAACUGGCCUCGGAUCAGAAAUCUAUGGAGUUGCGACAGCAGGCACGCUAUUGUUUGGUUGCCCUGUACAGUCUAAAUACGCCACAGAUGACUAAACUGUUGGCCGCUCUGCCCAAGGGCUAUCAGGACUCGGCGCGUCUGCACAUACAGUCGCAAAUACGUAGGGAGAGCACAAAUUCUGGCACCAAUUCGCCGAGCAGUUCCCCGCUAAGCAGCAGCAGUCCCAAACCGUUGCAGAGUCCAUCGGUGGGUGGUCCGUUCGCUUCCCUACAGAAUCACAACUACAACACUAGUCCGCGCUCACGCCAAUCCUCUGUGGAGCAGGAGCUGUUCUAUGGCACGGAGCUGGAGGUGCAGCAUAAUAUACACAAGACCUCUGAGGAGAUACGUCAUUGCUUUGGCGGCGUUGCCGAGCCGCUGCUCCAGCCCCGUCAAUAUCACUCGCUAGCGACCGCACCCCCCAACGGCUUCAACGGUCAUCAUUCGCAGUACCAUAAUCAGCAGCAACAACAGCAGUUGUCUGAGGCGCAACAGGAUUCAUGUGCUUCCCUAUCCUCGAACUCGAAAACUCAGUCAUCGGCGAACACCACAGAGUCGAAUACGCCGGAGAGUGCCACAAUGCGUCUGGAUGCGCAGCUAUUGGGCGAUGCAGCCAAUCAUAAGAGCGCCAUAAAAUCGGCCAAUUCGCCGCCCCCACACAAUUCCCACUCCACAGACGGCAGUGGAAAAGUUUACAUCUCCUUCGAUGUGGCCGAGAACGGUGAGCUGAUUCUGCCCAAUGAUUUGCGCGAAAGCGAAAUAAUACGCGUCGCUCUGACGCUCAACAAUGAGAUGCCCGUCGAGCAGAUUCUGUCGUCGCUGACGCAUCUGGGAAUUUGCAUACGAGGAGGCAACUGUGAACUGCCCAAUAAGCAUUUUCGUUCCAUUAUGCGCAUGCUACUGACCAUGUUGCAUUCGGAUAACACGGACGUACUGUUCGCCGGACUGCGGGUGCUGAGCAAAAUAUUGCGCAGCGACAAGAUGCGACACAAUUGGAUGAAUUUCCUGGAGCUGAUCGUGCUGAGAAUUGUGAAAUGCUAUCAGCACAGCAGGGAGGCUCUCCGAGAGAUCGAUGCGAUGAUACCUCGCAUUGCGGGCUCACUGCCCCUCGACCAGACCAUCGAGAUUGUGAAUCCGGUGAUUGCGACGGGCGCCUUUCCGGAUAAUUUGUGCGGCAUCAAGAUUCUGUUAGAGUUGACGGAACGACAUGGUAGCGAAAUAACGGAUGCACAUUUAGACGCUGUCUUUCCCAAUCUGGCCCACUCCGCCGACAAUCCAGAGUCGAUGGUGCGCAAGGCGGCAGUCUUUUGUAUUGUCAAGCUGUAUGUGGUACUGGGCGAGGACAAGGUCAAGCCCAAACUGUCUGUGUUGAAUCCAAGCAAGGUGCGACUCCUGAACGUCUAUAUUGAGAAGCAACGCAACUCUAGCGGCGGCGGCAGCUCGACAAAAACCAGCUCGGCGGCCUCAUCCUCAUGAUUGCGACCCCAAAAACGACAAGCCAACCAGCAGCAGCAGCAGCAGCAACAACCCACGCCAAGCGUACGAGACGAUUAACUGAGGGAUCCAAAACUCAACAGUUACGCCACAAAGACACACACUCACACAUCCACAUACACACACACACACCAUACACUCACACACCACUUGGAUGCGGGCCCUGAGGUCAUCUCAUCUCUCUUUAACAUUAUACGCAAAAAGUGAAAAACCAACCAAUAUCUAAACUAAUUAUUUAUAAAUUAAUUCAUACUGAUCGAUCAAUAAAAUUCUGUAAUUCGUUAAUAUGUGUUAAAAAAAAAAUAAAACAAAGUAAAGAAGAA